ACUUUACUCAAGACCUUACUCAAGAUCUUACUCAAAACCUUAUUCAAGACCUUACUCAAAACCUUGUUAAAAAAUUAUGUAAUGCAAAAGAAUCUAAUGAGUUAGUAAAAUUUGUCUUUGAGAUUAAAUUAGAUAAAGAUCUGAUUAAUACUAUUGCUUUAACUUAA